CUCGUGAGGUGGGCAGUGUAUCUGGUGCGCCUUUUCCCCUAAGCGAAUCCAUAACCAUCCGUCAAAAUGUAUGCGGCAAUGACUUGGGCUUGGAACAAAAUGGCACCCGUUUUAUUGUGAACAGACCUCUUGCCGCAGACAUCCAAGUGGCGCUGAUAAUGUCGGUUUUCACUUUGAUCAUGUCCACGUCAAAGAUGCCACCUUUACCUGUCAUGUCUUUACAAUCAGGUGAACUUUACCGUAGACCAAAUCCGUGCCAUCAUGGACAAAAAGUCCAACAUCCGUAACAUGUCUGUGAUCGCGCACGUCGACCAUGGUAAGUCCACUCUGACAGACUCGCUGGUGUCAAAGGCUGGUAUCAUCGCAGGAUCCCGUGCCGGAGAGACCCGCUUCACUGACACAAGAAAAGAUGAGCAGGAGCGCUGCAUUACCAUCAAGUCAACCGCCAUUUCCAUGUACUACGAGCUCUCAGAGAAUGACUUGGCCUUCAUCAAGCAGUGCAAAGAUGGUUCUGGAUUUCUCAUCAACCUGAUUGACUCACCUGGCCAUGUUGACUUCUCUUCUGAGGUCACAGCUGCUCUCCGUGUAACUGAUGGAGCCCUGGUCGUUGUGGACUGCGUGUCGGGUGUGUGUGUGCAGACGGAGACUGUGCUCAGGCAGGCCAUCGCUGAGCGCAUCAAGCCGGUGCUGAUGAUGAACAAAAUGGACCGGGCCCUUCUGGAGCUGCAGCUGGAGCCUGAGGAUCUGUUCCAGACCUUCCAGCGCAUCGUGGAGAACGUCAACGUCAUCAUCGCCACCUACGGAGAGGACGAGGGAGGACCCAUGGGCCAUAUCAUGAUUGACCCAGUUAUUGGAACUGUUGGCUUUGGGUCUGGGCUCCAUGGAUGGGCCUUCACUCUGAAGCAGUUUGCUGAGAUGUAUGUGAUGAAGUUCGCAGCCAAGGGGGAUGCACAAUUGGGUCCUGCUGAGCGAUGCAAGAAGGUGGAGGACAUGAUGAAGAAGCUGUGGGGUGAUCGGUUCUUUGACCCAGCCACUGGCAAGUUCAGCAAGUCUGCCACUGCCCCUGAUGGAAAGAAAAUCCCCCGUACCUUUUCUCAGCUUGUCUUGGACCCCAUCUUUAAGGUGUUUGACGCCAUCAUGAACUUCAAGAAAGAGGAGACGGCCAAGUUGAUUGAGAAGCUGGACAUAAAGCUGGAUGCGGAGGACCGGGAGAAGGAGGGCAAGCCCCUGCUGAAGGCUGUGAUGCGUCGCUGGCUGCCUGCUGGAGAGGCCCUGCUUCAGAUGAUCACCAUCCACCUGCCCUCCCCUGUCACCGCCCAGAAGUACCGCUGUGAGCUGCUCUAUGAGGGACCUGGUGAUGAUGAAGCUGCCAUGGGUAUCAAGAACUGUGACCCCAAGGCUCCCUUGAUGAUGUACAUCUCCAAGAUGGUGCCCACCACCGAUAAGGGUCGCUUCUACGCCUUUGGCCGUGUGUUUUCUGGCUGCGUUUCCUCUGGCCAGAAGGUGCGCAUUAUGGGACCAAACUUCACCCCUGGAAAGAAGGAUGACCUCUACCUUAAACCAAUUCAGAGGACCAUUCUGAUGAUGGGGCGUUACAUUGAGCCUAUUGAGGACGUGCCAUGUGGGAACAUAGUUGGUCUGGUUGGAGUGGACCAGUUCCUGGUGAAGACCGGGACCAUCACUACCUUCGAGCAGGCCCACAACAUGAGGGUGAUGAAGUUCAGCGUCAGCCCUGUGGUGAGAGUGGCGGUGGAGGCCAAGAACCCGGCUGACCUACCCAAGCUGGUGGAGGGCCUGAAGCGCCUGGCCAAGUCUGAUCCCAUGGUGCAGUGCAUCAUCGAGGAGUCCGGAGAGCACAUCAUCGCCGGGGCUGGAGAGCUGCAUCUGGAGAUCUGCCUCAAGGAUCUGGAGGAGGAUCACGCCUGCAUUCCAUUGAAGAAAUCUGACCCAGUGGUGUCCUACAGGGAGACUGUGUCUGAGGAGUCUGACCAGAUGUGCCUGUCCAAGUCUCCCAACAAGCACAACCGUCUGUACAUGAAGGCCCGGCCCUUCCCAGACGGCCUUGCCGAGGAUAUUGAGAAGGGUGACGUCACCGCCCGACAGGAAAUGAAGGUCCGUGCUCGUUUCCUGGCCGACAAGUACGAGUGGGAUGUGGCUGAGGCUCGUAAGAUCUGGUGCUUCGGCCCAGACGGUACCGGGCCCAACCUGCUGAUGGACGUGACCAAAGGAGUCCAGUACCUGAACGAGAUCAAGGACAGCGUGGUGGCUGGCUUCCAGUGGGCCACCAAGGAGGGAGCCCUGUGUGAGGAGAACAUGCGUGCCAUCCGCUUUGACGUCCAUGACGUGACACUCCACACAGAUGCCAUCCACCGUGGUGGUGGUCAGAUCAUUCCAACUGCCCGGAGAGUGCUGUACGCCUGCCAGCUGACGGCCCAGCCCAGACUCAUGGAGCCGGUCUACUUGGUGGAGAUACAGUGUCCUGAGCAGGUGGUGGGAGGCAUCUACGGUGUGCUGAACAGGAAGCGUGGUCAUGUGUUUGAGGAGUCUCAGGUCAUGGGAACCCCUAUGUUUGUUGUCAAGGCCUACCUGCCUGUCAACGAGUCGUUCGGUUUCACUGCUGACCUGCGCUCCAACACUGGUGGCCAGGCCUUCCCCCAGUGUGUGUUUGACCACUGGCAGAUCCUCCAGGGAGAUCCUCAUGAUGCUUCCUCCAAGAUCGCCCAGAUUGUGGCUGAGACGCGUAAACGCAAGGGGCUUAAGGAGGGCAUUCCUGCGCUGGAUAACUAUCUGGACAAAUUGUAGAAGGCUGCCCCUUACUUCUCUGCCCGCCCUCCCUCCCUCCAGGACUGUACAGAUCACUAUGAGCACUAACGUUUGCCAAAAGGAAUCAUCAUGAAAGGAACAUUAGGAAAAAUUGUAAACCAUAAACUAAAUAAAAAUGUAAAACAAA